ACUACCAUUACUCCAGCACACAUCUGUCGAUUUGAUAUUAGUCAAAGAUGUUCUCAGCAACUACAGUCUCUCUGCUCGUCGUCGUCGUUUUAGGUGCCUCGCACUUUACUGAUGCCAAUUUAUUGGAGAAUCCUGAAGCGGUAAACGAGAACUGGCUUGGCAGUCAACUCUUCCCAAAACCCAGUGUGGACGGGAAAAUUGUGGGUGGCAGUGCGGCCCAAAUCAAAGACUUUCCUUACCAAUUGUCAAUGAGAUUCCGAGGAAGGCACAUUUGUGGUGCUUCAAUCAUCAGUCCCGAGUACGCACUCACGGCUGCUCACUGCAUCGAGAGUUCGAGGUCUGCUUCAAAAAUCAGCCUGAGGGCUGGCUCAUCCGCUUUGUAUUCAGGAGGAACGCGACACGAUGUCGAAGUGGCACUUGUUCAUCCUCUAUACACGCAAUACAAGCAAGAUUACGACGUAGCAAUUUUAAAAGUGAAACAGCCCUUUAUCCUGAAUGAAUUUUCCUCUCCGAUAGAUCUUCCCCAAUCUGGCGCUGAAGUUCAGCCAGGAACAAUGGCUCUUACGACUGGAUGGGGUGUAACAAGGGAAGGUAGCCUGUCUCCUGCAUUCCGUUUGCAGUCUGUAGCCGUUCCAAUUGUGGACCGCACUGAAUGUGCCACAAAUUAUAUCGCAUAUGGAGACAUCACUCCUCGAAUGCUCUGUGCCGGCUUCAGGCAAGGACAGAAAGACGCCUGCCAGGGUGACUCUGGAGGCCCUUUGGCAGCUGGGGGCGUGCUCGUGGGAAUUGUUUCGUGGGGCGCUGGGUGCGCCAGACCAGGACUGCCGGGCGUGUACACUAAUUUGGCAGACCUUGAAAUCAGAUCUUGGAUAGCGACCAACACAGGAGGACUCUAGUGUUGUAUUCUGGAAUCCUGCGAAACUUAUGGUUUUGAGAUUGAACUUAUAAGUACUCCAGCAAAACCAAUAAAGAAU